UAGCCGCUUGCCCUCCAUCCCGCCUGCCCGGAGCCAGCCCGGGCACUGCGUGGUGCUGCUCCCGCUGCCAACUUCGCGCCCGGCCGGGGCCCGAAGCGGGCGAGGCGGCUCGCUUUCUCCGCCAGCUUUCUCUCCCACUUUGAGGAACCGCACUCAGGGGGUCCUUCUCCUACUAUCCCUGCCUUGAGCCUCCGGCAGCUCGGGAGGCAGCUCCGCGCCCCUAGGGAGGGGACAGGCGACUCACAGGAGAGGCAGCCAGCGAAGCUGGCUCUGGACCACCCAGGGCUUUGCUCAUUUCCCAAUGAACCACCUCCCCUAGACCCUGGCUUUCCCCCCAGGGGAAAUCUAGUGCCUACCAUCCCACUCACUGCCUGGGGCUUCAGAGAGCGGGCCCCAUCCCAGCCCCCAGCCGUGGUGGAGGAAGGGUCCCGGGAAAGCGGGGGCAUCUAGGGAAAGAACAAAGAGGUGGAAACCUUUGGAGGGGAGUGAUUCCCAGCCUGAACCCGCAGGACCCCGCAGAGCCGUCGAAAUCUCCACUUUCUCCGAACGCUCCUUGCUUGAGCCCCCUCCCCUCCCCCCCAUUCCGUGCCCCCUCGUUUCUUUUAAGCCAGUCUACUUGCCGGGGAGAACCAGGUGCCGGCCGGAGCGAAGAUGAACCCGGGCUCCGAGCAGGGAGCCCCGGCCGCCCUCGGGGUGGUCACCGCCACCUGCGUCUCCAAGGUGGAGCUCCGACUCAGCUGCCGGCAUCUGCUGGACCGCGACCCGCUCAACAAGUCGGACCCCAGCGUGGUGUUGCUAAUGCAGUCCCAGGGCCAGUGGGUGGAGGUGGACAGGACUGAGGUCAUCAAGAGCAGCCUACACCCAGUGUUCUCCAAGGUCUUCACACUGGACUACUACUUUGAGGAAGUACAGAAGCUUCGAUUUGAGGCCUACGACAUUCAUGGACAUUGCAGCAUCGGCUCCCAGGAUGACGACUUCCUAGGAGGCAUAGAGUGCACUCUGGGGCAGAUCGUGGCCCAAAAGAAGAUGACCAGAGCCCUGUUCCUUAAAAAUGGCAAGCAUGCUGGCAAGUCCACCAUUACGGUGAUAGCAGAGGAGAUCUCUGGGAACAACGGUUAUGUGGAACUCUCCUUCCGGGCCAAGAAGUUGGACGACAAGGAUCUUUUUAGCAAAUCAGAUCCUUUCCUGGAGAUCUACCGGAUCAAUGAUGAUCAGAGUGAGCAACUGGUAUACAGAACAGAGGUUGUGAAGAAUAACCUGAAUCCUGUGUGGGAGACAUUCAAAGUUUCCCUGAAUUCACUUUGUAGCUGUGAGGAGAAGAGGCCUCUUAAGUGUCUGGUUUGGGACUAUGAUUCUAGAGGGAAACAUGACUUCAUCGGUGAGUUCUCCACCACUUUUGAGGAAAUGCAGAAGGCGCUCGAGGAGGACAAGGUUCAAUGGGACUGUGUGAACCCCAAGUACAAAACUAAGAAACGGAAUUAUAAGAACUCAGGGGUGGUCAUCCUGUCAGACCUGAAGAUCCACAGGGUCUACUCCUUCCUGGAUUACAUUAUGGGUGGAUGCCAGAUUCACUUCACUGUGGCCAUUGACUUCACAGCUUCCAAUGGAGACCCCCGCAACAGUUGCUCUCUCCAUUAUAUCAACCCUUACCAGCCCAAUGAAUAUCUAAAGGCACUCAUUGCUGUGGGAGAAAUCUGCCAGGACUAUGACAGUGACAAGAAAUUUUCUGCUUUGGGAUUUGGUGCCCGGAUUCCUCCCAAGUAUGAGGUCUCCCAUGACUUUGCCAUUAAUUUCAACCCAGAUGAUGAUGAGUGUGAAGGAAUCCAGGGAGUGGUGGAGUCAUACCAGAACUGUCUACCCAAGAUCCAACUUUAUGGCCCCACCAAUGUGGCGCCCAUCAUCGCCAAGGUGGCCAGGAUGGCAGCAGCUGAGGAGAGAACUGGGGAGGCCUCUCAAUACUACAUUCUCCUGAUCCUGACCGAUGGUGUGGUGACUGACAUGGCAGACACAAGGGAGGCCAUUGUACGUGCCUCCUACCUGCCCAUGUCCAUCAUCAUAGUAGGUGUGGGCAAUGCUGACUUCACAGACAUGCAGAUUCUGGAUGGGGAUGAUGGAGUCCUGCGUUCCCCCAAGGGAGAGCCUGUCCUCCGAGACAUUGUACAGUUUGUCCCCUUCCGAGAAUUCAAGAAUGCUUCUGCGACAGCUCUGGCCAAGUGUGUCCUGGCUGAGGUGCCCAAGCAGGUGGUCGAAUACUACAGCCACAAGGAACUUCCUCCUCGGUGCCCCAAUAUGGACUCCCCUGAUGCCAGCCCUGGCCCUCCACAGUGAAGAGGUGCCAUCAGCCUCCAGCCAGUCACUACCCUUCACUUUCCCUUCCAAUGCUGAGUCUGGAGAUAAGGAGGGGGACAAAAUGGGUCAGGGAGGUGAGAGAGGGAGAAGGUAUCUGUCUCCUCUGUCUCUGUUUUUUUACCUCCCAGGGCCUCUCAGAUUGUCCUCCCCUUCCCCCAGUGCUCACAGUAGACUUCCCCCCUUUCUCUUCCUCUCACCCUACAUCUUGUGUUUCCAUGGUGACUCAUCCUAGAGAGGUCUGGACCAGGGACCAUGGCCUGUGUGUGACGAAAGGAUAACAAGGGAUGGGAGAAUCCUGGCUCCUUCUGAUCCAGCCCCAGUGAGAGCCAACGUCCAGGCAAUAAAUGCUUGGCAUCCCUUCUCCUCUGCUUUAGAAAAGCACGGAGUGUGGGAGUAGAUACUGAGUGGGGAGGAGAGGGGGUUUUGGAUCCUUAAAGAGCAGUCAGAAUGAGCCUCUCUUCCCUUCAGAAUAGUCUGAGGGAGCACCCCUUUCCUACCUCCUAGCCCCAGGUUCAUAUUUUGAAUCCACUUCCUUUGUGGUCAUGGUGAGAGAGUGGAUACCAAAUCCCAGUGUUUACCCAGCGCCCUCUUCACAGCUUCUGGGUCAGACUGACCUGCUUGGUCUCCUUUAGCUUAGCUCACCUGAUUUGCUCUUCCCAUCCCUCUUCAGUGAUCUCAGAAAUGGAGGGAGAGUGGGAGAAAUUAAUUUGCAGGCCUGGUGGAUAGUUACCUUCUUGCACCUAUCCCCAAAGAAUUUCCAGGGAGGGUGGGCAUAGGGAAAGACUUUGGAAUUUAUCUUCUCUUCCCUCCAUUCCAAGAAGACAGGACUCUCGGAUGCCCAGGUAGCUUCCCUCUCUCUCUCUCUCUCAGAUCUGUAUUUAGCAUUUUUUUUUACACCUGGGAUGGAUGGCACAGAGAGGAAUAGGGGGAUGCUCACCUGGGUUAUGGCUGCUGGGGAGAGGAAGAACUCCGUGGGAUGAGGACACCAUUGCUAGGGAUGGACCAGUCAGGGGAGAAUUUCCUCCAGCUCUUUCCAUCAGCCCCUUCUCCACUUUGCAAAGCCCCUGUCUGCUAGGGGUGGGGAGUCUGGACAAGAAGGGUACUCUGGGUUAGUGCUGGUGGUAUGGGGGUGGGGAUAGGGAGGAAGUUUACGCUCUAAUGGCACAGUUGGCACCUUCUAAAUUUUCUACCCUGGGGCAAAGCCCAGUGGCCUCAACUCCCUAAUUCUGGCUCUGUUUUCUGCUCUUUCUCCUUUCCUUAAGCUUUCUGCCCUUGUAAUUGUUUCUCCAGCUGUGGCUUCUUUCCAAACCCCAAGGGUCUUAAGGUGAAAAUGGUCACGUGGGGGCAAAUCACUCCAGGGCCUACCUUUACUCUCUCAUUAACUUCCCUACUGUGGACGCAAAUGGCUCCAGAGGAGAGAGUGAGGCUGGUGACCUUGCACAGCCCUCCCUCACUUAAAUCCAAUUUCACUUGCAAGUUAUGACAUCAUCUCCUCAAUGUCAUGGUCCUCAUUGAGAAUGAAGGACAAACAACAACAACAACAACAACAACUGACUCUACUGGCUCUUCCCCAUCCAGUCACCCACUUUCUCUCUUGGCUGGGGCCACCAAGAUCAGGACCCUUGUCACUAUUAACUUGGGCCCAAGGGCCUGUCCAGUUGUAGGUGAGGUGGGGUGGAAUAUAAUGGGACAAAGCUAUCGCCUCACCCAGAGGUGCAGCUCCAUCAUGCGGCCUCAUCCAUGCAGAACCCCCUUCCCACCCCCUCCAACUCCCUAGACCCUUUGGGCUGUCAGACCAAUAGAUAGGAAAUGAGGCUCCAUAUCCCUCUCUCAGCAAUAUGCAUGAUGAAAAAAACUCCUAGAAACCACGAAAUCCCCUCAGGCUUGUUGUCUGUUUACUUUUCAGUCUAGUAAAUCUCCGUAUUCUUAGGAGAUCCCCUCUGCCCCCUCCUUGUGGUAUCUGCUUGUAUCUGUUCUCAGCUGUGUCCUCUCUAGGGCCGUAGGAGGGAGGAAUGGGGUGGGGGGGAAGAUGUAGAGGGAGAGAA